CCUAAAUUGCUACCCACCGUGUUGUUCCCUCUUCCGUCGGAGACGAUUUCUUAGCAUCUCCGGCGAAUUAAAAUCCAGAUUUCUCCUAAAAUCGAUCCUCUCUCCUUCGGACGAGUUCGAUUCUCCUCCUAAAGUGUCUACUCUUACUUGCAUCAGAGCUAAAUAUUCUUGAGUUGGAAAUCAAAGAUGCCUCACAGAACAAGGCCAUUGAAGGGACUCUUGCUUUUCACUGGAAUUAACUUUCUCUUGGUGCAGACCAUUACUCCUGUCUAUGACUUUGUCUGCUUCUUGCCUUACUGGGAGAGAAGGAGAGAGAGAAUUCGGCAGGAGCGUGAAGCAGCAGCUGUAUCCUUAAACAGCACAAACUCAACACAGAAAGCAACUCAAGCAUCUGUUGGAUGAUGAACUCUCUACAUCUUCUCAAUCUCUUAAUCAGAAGGAUUCCUCUUUGUAAGAAACUAUUUACCCUCUGAUUACCUGAAUAACUGAGAAGACCUGAAUUACUGAAUAACUAUUCACAUCUCUUCUCUGAGCUUAGAUCUAUUUAGUAGCAAAUCUUGUUAGUUUCUGGGUUGUUUUAAUACAUUUGUCUUAGUCGUAGAUACUUUCAAAGAUUCUGAUCAUUGGCAAGAUCCAAUAAUCCCACAUGUUUUUGAUAAGUGCGAUAGGCUAUUAGAAAAAGGAACAACAAUAUAUGAUUUUCUUGAAA